AAGCGAGAUGCAUGCGCAUGCGCGCUGCAUUUACACUUCCGGGUUUGUCUUUAAGUGAAAUGUAACAUUUCGCUUGCGAUGUAUCUAUGAAACUUGUUGCCCGGGCAGAGAAUAAAGGGUGCUUAGCUGCAAUUAAAGUGUCACGUUGUUUAAAGGCAAAAGAAACGGCGGCGGUGAGAAUACUGUCAUGCUCGGCGAAUGAGACUCUCACUAGACUCGCUCUAAUGGACUGAUGUUGCACUGUUGUGCCUUAUGACCGGACUGAACAGCAGCAUGACGCGCCUGAUGUUUCUAGCAGCCGCGGCGUUUCUCCUGUCCGCUCCUGCGAGCGCCUCUCAGGGGGACAAAGAGCCCGUCUAUCGCGACUGCGUCAAACAAUGCGUCCGGACCAACUGCACGGGGGCCCGACUGCGCGGAUUCCAGUCCUCUCAGCCUCCAUACAUGGCACUCACCGGCUGGACGUGUCGUGAUGACUGCAGGUAUCAGUGCAUGUGGACCACCGUGGGUCUGUAUCAGGCAGAGGGCUACAGCGUACCACAGUUUCACGGGAAGUGGCCAUUUGCUCGUUUUCUGUGUUUUGAGGAGCCUGCAUCUGCGCUGGCGUCUCUUCUCAACGGUCUGGCAUGUCUGCUGAUGCUGCUGAGAUACCGCAGCGCCGUCCCCCGACAGAGCCCCAUGUACCAUACCAUCACCGCCUUCUCACUGGUUUCCCUGAACGCAUGGUUCUGGUCUACAGUGUUUCACACGAGAGACACUUAUCUAACAGAGAAGAUGGACUACUUCUGUGCAUCAGCGGUCAUUCUUUACUCCAUCUACUUGUGCUGUGUCAGGACGUUGGGCUUGCGUAGACCUGCGAUUUCCAGUAUGGUGGGAGUUCUGCUCAUUCUGGCCUUCACGUCUCACGUGUCUUAUCUGACCUUUGUCAGCUUUGACUAUGGGUACAACAUGGCUGCCAAUGCCACCAUAGGCAUGAUAAACCUGUUGUGGUGGUUGUGCUGGUGUUGGCUGAACCGCAAGAUUUUACCGUACUGGUGGAAGUGUGGGAUGGUAGUCCUUUUACUGCAUGGCCUUGCCCUGCUGGAGCUGCUGGAUUUCCCUCCUCUCUUCUGGGUCCUGGAUGCUCAUGCCGUCUGGCACCUCAGCACCGUGCCCGUCCACUUCCUCUUCUACAGUUUUCUGAUAGAUGACAGCCUUCACCUCCUCAACACAGAGAAGCCUGGAGUGAAACUGGACUAGGAGGAAACAGUCUCAGAACCCCAACCCCUCCUUUGAUAUCCUUCACAUCAGGGCAAGUGCGAGCCGGACCGAGCCAGGCCUCAACCGCAGUGGCUUCCGGCGCGCGUCCUGGGGCUGAAGUUAUGAAUUUCAUCGUUUUCUUUGCGUUUACAGUUUCUUUUUACCAUAUCUUUUUAUUUUUGCAUUGUACAGAAAGAUUGGUCGUUUGGGCUGGUUUUAAAGAUGUGCCACUAUAUCGUAGUUGAAACCUGAUAGAUGUUUGCAUUCACUCGAGCUUUGCCUUCGGUUAAGAAGUAAAUCAGCCUUUAUCAUCAAAACACUCGUUUAAAAAGGUGCACGGAAUAAUAACCGUCUUAUAACAGGUGAAUAUCUUCACAUAAGUUGUUCAUAUCUCCUACUCGUAUCCGUCUACGUUUGAGGUGCUCGAUUUAAUGGCCCUGAAGUGAAUAUAUCGCAGAGAUAGAAGUUGAUUGCGCUUUUAUUUUAAACGUCCGUUCAUUAUAAGUGUGCUGAACAUCAGGAGGGGUUAUGAAUGAGCAGUGUGCUCUGUUUCUGAGACGGUUGGCGGUUACCUCACUAGGGUGCAACAACAGUGACUACCGGCAGAGGGCGUUUAGUGCUGAUUGGCUGCCAUAUUGCAGGAAGUCACUGUUCAUUUUUCUGCAGUUCCCAGCAUAGACUCGUUAUAGAUUGGAUGUGUUGUUGUUGUAGCAGUGCAUAUAUCAAGUUACCCAUUUCCUUAGUCAUCGCUCACUUUAAUUACUGCAGAUAAAAAAAAGAAAUAGUCCACACACAGACAUGAAAAUGAACAUAAGGGAAAGUUUAGUAGAGGUGACCAUUAACUGACAAGCUUCAAAAAUGGCAAUAAGCACCAUUAUAUGGGCUCUGUAGGCCCUUUCGCUCCAAGAACAAUAAAUAUGAAGUUCAAAAAACAUUUAAUUCUGUAAGAAUAGGAAAGUUUACUUGCCUAUAAUAAUGAUGAAACAUUGACAGCCAAUCAGAAUCCAUUCUGCUUUGAAGAGCCUAAGCAUUUUAAGAGCCUCUGUGCUACAAAAUCAAGUUUUUAAUGUCGUUUACAUGCCUAUCAGGUGUUUUAAUAUGCCAAACCGUGUGCUAACUCAUCAGUCAACACCACUGCAGAUCAUUUUCUACUUAAAACUGCGGUGUACCAAAGACUAUAAAAAAUGCAGUCACACACUAUCACAAACAUGCAACCUAUCCAGUCAUCUUGCAGGGUGGGGCUUUUUAUAUCAUUAUCAAAACUGUUACCUAAGGAUGUCGAUUUUUAGAAGGUAGCUGUCUCAGAUGGUGAACAGGAACGUGGUUUGUGUAACAUUAGCAACACGUUGUGAGCUGUUUGAUAAUGUAUUCCAAGCAAUUCAGACCAUUCUGAUAUAUUGACUUGUAUACGGCCCUAUAUAAUUUAUUCUUCCUCUUCUUCAGUUAGCCCAAUGUUGCUACUUGCCGUUAUCGUUCUAGUUACUUUUCUUUAUGUGAACGGGCCUAACUUCGAGUCUCCCAAUCAAGUCUCUCCAGUUUUACUAAUAGCUUACACCAGCACGAACCGUCUUUUUGCAUUAAAUUAGCAAAAGGCAUGGACUCUUGUUUUUUCUUGCAUUUGCAGAACUUUCCAUUUCAGCUGAAAAUUUACGGAAGGAGAGCAUUCAAAAUGCGUCCCACAAAUCCGUUUGCGCUCCUUGAAUUUGCGCCAUUAUUUAAAGCCCCCGAAAAAGGUUUUAAAUUAUUUUGAGCUUAAAGAUGGCUGCGUGGUAGCAGAGAGAGGAUUUAUUCCACAUGUAUGAAUUCUUUUUAAAUAGCAGAAGAACA